AUGGUGCUGGGGGUGUAUAUUGUCUACUGGCCGGAGCUGGAGGUGGAGUACCCCCAUCCCGAGGUGCUUAUCCACCGCCAGUACCACGCCGACGUCCUAGACCCGCUCCACUUGAUGCUGCGGUUCGAACACGUGUACACGGGCCACCCGUUCACCUACGACCCCGUGUACGACUGCCACUUUAUCCAGCACCGCCACGACGACUUGAUCUUUGUUUUGACCACUUCCAACGCCUGUGAGAAUGCCAUGCUGCUUGUGGUGGUGCUCAGCCAUUUCAAACAGAUCCUCCAGCGAUAUUUGGGCCCCCAGCUGUUGAUGCGAGAUACCAUUAUCGACAACUUUGACCUUGUCUACGAGCUAUUUGACGAGUGUCUCGACUUUGGUAUUGUUCAGAUUACUGACUAUAACUUGCUCAAAGAGUAUAUCAAAGUGGAAGUCAAUCUACCGAAGCUUAAGCUGCCUACGGAUAAGAUUUCGGUGAGUGACGACGACCUGAGUGACGACGACGAAUCAAAUGAUAAACGCCUGAAACUGCUGAAACUGAAACACAAGCAUAAACAGAUUAAGAGUACCCAUAACUUGGCAGUGAAGGACGACGUGUUGAAUGAGGAGCACCGGAUUAUCAAUAGUGCUAUUCUUAAAACGACCGCGGGGGCAAUCAAUUGGCGUCCGAAGGGGGUAUUCUAUCCGAAAAACGAAAUCUAUGUGGAUAUCGUUGAGGACUGUGAGUUCCUUUAUGACCUAGAGUCCGAUCGCAUUAAGCGUAAUGACAUCGAAGGGAAGUGCCAUUGCCGGUGCUAUUUACUGGGGAUGCCGGUGUGUCGUCUUGGGUUUAAUGAGGAGCACGUAUCAGGUAUUGAGAAAGGCGAACUAUCCCAAAAGGAUAACCUUAUAAAGAAUGAUGAUGACGAAGAGGAAGAGGAAGAGGAAGAAGAAAAAUUAUUAUCUCCCGAACCCAGUGAUCCUCCUGAUGCAAAGACUAAACAGAAGAAGAAAGUACCCUUACGUAACGUCCAGUUCCAUCAGUGUACUGAGCUUGCCACCAUCUAUAACGAGGACCUCGUAUCGUUUGUACCUCCCGACGAUAAGUUUGUUCUCAUGACUUACCACAUUGAACAACAAAAGCAGGCACAUAAGCUUCCGUUGUUUAUGAUUAACCCCACCUAUCGCGUGGUAGCAGAGGGUCAGCGGCUCCAGAUCAUGUGUGUGUUGACGUCCAACUACCGGCGUCGCAUCCACUGUCGUGAUCUUGUCAUCAAAAUACCCGUAUCCCCCUUCAUCUUUGACAUUGACGCCGACCAGAUCCUGGCCCAUCAGCUUAAGUAUAAAGCGGAAAUGGGCGAAGUGGGGUAUAAGCUCGACACGCUGGAGAUCAUCUGGAAGUUUGACAACUUGACGGGGCGCAAAACUAUCAGGAUGAUGGCAGAAAUUCCCUUGAAACUGGUGGAGGGGCUCAACGGCGACAAGGUGGAGCGGCUAUUGUUCAAGCGCGGCGAACAGGUCGAGACCGACGACGACGGGCUCGACCGGUUCUACGGGGUGAACGGGACGCUGGCGUCGGCCGCCAAGGACUUGCUCGUUCAGAGUCGGGCGAAGACCGACCACUGCCACAUCACGAUGACAUUCUCGCUCCAUAUGAUGACGUAUUCAGGGUUAAAGAUUACCUAUUUGACGGUCAACGAAGAGGAAAUGGGGUAUACCUGCUUCCCUUGGGUGCGCUACGUCACCCAAGCCAAACAACACCAGCAUAGCAACGCCGACCACCACCAGGAUAGCGACUUCCGCUUCCGCCUAGGUCCGCUGAACUUUCAGUUCGCCCCAACUACAUAA